AUGGACUGCUUGAACGGGGUUCGAUCAGCAGUGAUGGGCAUCGCCUUGUUCCGCGACGCGGCGCCGCUGCACGUGACGGUGACCAUCCGCAGCCUCAGUGGAAAAUGCUGGACCCUGGAGCUUCCUGUGACCGCGACGGGCAGGGAAAUCAAGUCGAGGAUGCGACACAUCGCGCCGGAAGCGGAACAGCAACUUUCAAGUGGCGUGGAGAUCAUCAGUGACGACAUGCAGCCUCUCCGUUCAACCUCCUCUCUCUACCUGACCCGGGUGCCUGGUGCCGGCGCACUUGACACGCACCGGACGCUGCCGCGGGUCUUGCGUGCUCGACGCUUUGGGGCAGGACAUGUGAGGCAUGGUCGCUUGGGCUCCGUACGCCUUGUGGGCCAGACCAUUCAGGAUCGCACCAGGGGUUGA